AUGGCUAUUGCUAAGAUGCUGGGCAUGGUUUCUGCGGCCAGAUCCGCCACCCUAUCCCUCCCUGCGUCCAAGCCGGUGACGGACGCGGUCGACGAGACCGGCGACCCGCAGCUCUGCGCUCCGUACAUGUCCGACAUCUACUCCUACCUCCGAUCCAUGGAGGUUCAGGCGAGACGGCGGCCGGCGGCGGAUUACAUCGAGAGGGUGCAGGUGGACGUCACCCCCAAUAUGCGCGGCAUCCUCGUCGACUGGCUCGUCAAGGUCGCCGAGGAGUACAAGCUCGUCUCCGACACGCUCUACCUCACUGUCUCCUACAUCGACCGCUUCCUCUCGUCCAACUCCCUCAAUCGUCAGAAGCUGCAGCUCCUCGGCGUCUCUGCCAUGCUCAUUGCCUCAUAA